AUGCAGCUUCACUCUUUGCUGACCUUUUCCCUUGCUGCGGUCACGGUUCUCGCCGCUCCUGUCUCUAUUCAACAUUCUAAAUACAAACGCGACUUGGCUUCUAUUCAAGCCGCCCUUAACACCAUCAACUCGGCGCUCCAGGGUCUCGACAAUUCUGUUAAGAACACAAAUUCCGUCACUCUGGGAGGCGGAAUCCAGCUGCUGGGUGCUGUUGGCGGCGUUAAAAAUUCCAUUGAGAGUGCCACCACGCAGGUACAGGCCUCCGAAGUUCUUAACGCACAAGACGCGAGAAAUCUGAAGGCCGCGACAGAUGCCCUCACGAAUAACGUCAAAGUCACCAUCAACGAUGUCAUAGCAAAGAAAAGCCUGGUUGACUCCCUUGGUGCAACGCCACUAGUAGCCGUCGCCCUCCAGGAUCAAAAGACUGCUAGUGUUGCCCUUGCUCAGGCGCUUGUCAGUAAAGUGCCACCCGAACUCAACGCCGAUGCACAGAAGAGCGCUACUGCUCUCAGCAAUGUUCUAGAUCAAGGCAUCGGCGUCUUUGGUGGUACUACGGUCGCGGCUCCUGCGGUCGCUGAUCCUGAGGCCACGGCUUCUGAGGUUGCGGCUCCUUCGAUUGCGGCUCCAGCUGGUGGAGGAGGGAUUUUGGGGGGGCUGAUGGGAUUACUAGGCAGCUUAAAAAAACACUAA